AUUUUUUUAAAAAAAAAGGAAAAAGGUGUGAUUGGUUGAGAUAGGAAUGGACCCCACCCACAAUACCCCUCUCUCUCUCUCCUUCUCCCUCUUGCCGAAACGGUGUUCCAUCACCGAGUUCAUCAACCAUUUCGUCAAAAUAUAUGUUGGCGGUGGGGUGGGCAAAGUUUACCGAUCGGUAAAUUGCCUUUACCGAUCUCCACUCCGUAUCCCCUAAUCAAAAACAUUCCCCAAAUAAAUAGUCCACCAACGAAACUUCCAGGAAGCUCACUAUGGCUUCCCUCUCAUACCUCCAUAUAACCACCUUCAUCUUCCUCACACUUUCCAUCACCAAUCUCCAUUAUCAUCUUCUUAAUCAUCACCAAGCUUUCCCAUAAUGAAACUCACCGCAAAAAUCAACCCUAAAAACCUCUUCACAUCCAAAAAACGCAACACACUUUCCAGAUCUCAAACGUCGUCGUUCGAUUCCUCCGUUACCACUUCGUCUGACUCGCCGGAGUCCAGUCACCGAUCCAAAUCCAUAUCAAACGGAGCUGCCACUCCGACUAGCGUUUUACCGGAAAAUUCACGUGAAUUAUCUUUCGAUAACUCUAACAAAACCAGCACAGUUUCCAGAUCUCAAUCUUCGUCGUUCGAUUUGUCAAAUACGACGUCGUCUGACUCGCCGGAGUCCAGUAACCACCACAAAUCGGAUUCAAACAGCGUUUUACCGGAAGAUUCACGUGAAAUAUCUUCCGAUAAUUCUAAAAACCUGUUCGUAUCGAACAAAAGCAUCACAGUUUCCAGAUCUGAAACGUCAAUUACGACGUCGUUCGACUCGCCGGAAUCCAGUAACCACCACAAAUCCGAUCCAAAAUCAAAAUCAAACGGAUCUUGUGAAAUAUCUUCCGAUAACUCUAACAACCUGUUCAGAUCUGAAACGUCAUCGUUUGAUUCGCAAAUUACGACGUCGUCUGACUUGCCGGAGUCCAGUAACCGCCACAAAUCCGAUUCAAAAUCAAACGGAUCCACAACUCCGACUAGCGUUUUACCGACGCAAUCUCACGAAAUAUCUUCCGACGACUUACAGUACGAGUUAACUCAGGCGUUCCGUCUCAUCGACACCGAUAACGACGGUAAGAUAACCAGAUCGGAGCUCGAAUCUCUGUUACUUCGUAUCGGAGUAACUCAAUCGGAACUUACAAUUAUGAUCAACGAUAUAGAUCUCGAUGGUGACGGUACGAUCAGUUUAGAGGAGUUCGGAGUUAUUAGUUCGGCGUUCGGUCCGCCGUCGUGCGACGAUGAGAUUAGAGGUGCGUUUGAGUUUUUUGAUGCGGAUAACGACGGAAUGAUAACCGCCGGCGAGUUGUUGGCGGUGUUUCAGGCGAUUGGUGACGGACGGUGCACGUUAGAAGAUUGUAAGCGUAUGAUAAAUAGUGUGGAUGUGAAUGGGGAUGGGGUUGUGUGUUUUGAGGACUUUGCGAGAAUGAUGGAGACGCAGGUGUAGAAAGGAGAACAGACAUACUGUUAGAUUCUCUGAAUAUUAUUAUUAUUAAAUUAAAAAUCAAAUUCUUGAAUUAAUUAUACUAUAAUAUUCUUGGUUUUGAGAAAAAUAUAUGAUACGUUUAUUCUUGUUGUAUGGAAUAUGGUUGGUGCCAAACUGCCAACCUUGGUUUAGCUGUCAAUGUUAAAGGAGUAAUUAAGGGCU